AUGAGGGUGAAACUAUCGCUCAAGAAGUGGGUUGCUGUUAGAACUAAGCCAGGGACCCCAUUCGUCCGUGGAGCUUGGAUUUCCAAACAGUUCCAGAACGACCGCUUCCCAAUGCAUUGCCAAAGAAAAACUGACAACG